CUCCUGGUCCGCGGGCCUCUGGGUUUCUAUCACUGGGCGAACCCGGAGCGGCGAGGUCAACGCUGGGAGGCGGGGCGGGGGCAGCAUGGCAGCCUCCUUGUGGUUCCGAGGAGCCGCCUCCGGCCUCCGCAGCCGCUGGAGCCUUGCAGUCGUGUGUUCUAGGUCAAUGGCCUCUAAGACUCCAGUUGGAUUCAUUGGACUAGGCAACAUGGGAAACCCAAUGGCAAAAAAUCUCAUGAAACAUGGCUACCCGCUCAUUAUUUAUGAUGUGUUCCCUGAUGCAUGCAAAGACUUUCAGGAUGCAGGUGAACAGGUAGUGUCUUCCCCAGCAGAUGUGGCUGAAAAGGCUGACAGAAUAAUUACAAUGUUGCCCACCAGUAUGAAUGCCAUAGAAGCUUAUUCUGGAGAAAAAGGAAUUCUAAAAAAAGUGAAGAAAGGUUCACUGUUAAUAGAUUCCAGUACUAUUGAUCCAUCCGUUUCAAAAGAGUUGGCCAAAGAAGUGGAGAAAAUGGGAGCAGUUUUCAUGGAUGCGCCUGUGUCUGGUGGUGUGGGAGCUGCUCGUUCAGGGAACCUCACAUUCAUGGUAGGAGGAGUUGAAGCUGAGUUUGCUGCUGCCAAAGAGUUGCUAGAGUGCAUGGGCUCCAAUGUGGUGUACUGUGGAGCAGUUGGGACUGGACAGGCUGCAAAGAUCUGCAAUAAUAUGCUGCUAGCUAUUAGUAUGAUCGGAACUGCUGAAGCUAUGAAUCUUGGAAUAAGGUUAGGGCUUGACCCGAGGCUGUUGGCUAAAAUCCUGAACAUGAGCUCAGGACGGUGCUGGUCAAGUGACACUUACAAUCCUGUACCUGGGGUGAUGGAUGGAGUUCCCUCUGCUAAUAACUAUCAGGGUGGAUUUGGAACAACGCUCAUGGCUAAGGACCUGGGAUUGGCGCAAGAUUCUGCAACCAGCACAAAGAGCCCGAUCAUUUUAGGCAGUCAGGCCCAUCAAAUCUACAGGAUGAUGUGUGCAAAGGGCUACUCGAAGAAAGACUUCUCAUCCGUGUUCCAGUUUCUGCGAGAGGAGGAGAGCUUCUGAGGUGCCUGUUAGCUGUGGACAUUUUUGAAAUCAGACUUUACCUUGUCGCCUCCUCCUAGCUCACCAGUGAAUGAGUUUAAUCAGAGGCCACCCAUCUGCUUUUGAUCCUAGGCCAAAAUAAACCCUAGGAUUUUCCACC